AUGGCCUCAACCAGUGAUCAGAAUCCGUUGAAAUCAACAAGCAACUCCACCAAAUCCUCCGCGAAUCUGACCAAACCCGGUCCUAAAACCGCUGUGUCUUCUGGCCUCUCCAUCGGUGUUAAGGGGAAAGCUAUUGCCUCCUCCGGCAGCAGAGGGAAAUCCGUUGUUGCUUGGUUUGAGUGCACAGCAACUAUUGAUGAUGUUGUGCACGGAUCUGGAUGGUAUUAUAUAGGCUGUGGUGUUUGCCAUACAAAGGGAAUCAAAGGGCCUAUAACUCUAAUGUGUACAAAAUGUGGGGAGAGUGAAAUUAUUGGAGUGGCACAGUACCUGUCGAAAAUCUCUGUGUAUGACAAGAAAGACCAAGCUUUCUUUUUUCUCCUCGGUGAUGCUGGUCAGGAGUUGACUGGAAAGAAAGCGUCUGAGCUGGUUGCGAGCUAUUACAAGGCGCAUAUCACAUUGUUCCGGUGCCUCAAGCUCUGA